AAUAGAGAAGAGAGAGAGAGGCUGGGACAACUGGUCGCCUACACGGAAGCCACAAACGGUCGACUUGACGACAAAAUCCCACUUUCCGACGCGACACAACCUCAUUACCGACCCAAUAAGGACAUGUUCAGAAUGCCCAAUUCCAGAUCGCCAGAAGACAUAAUCGCGUCGCAAGAGGCAAGAGCUGCCGACAAUAACCGCUGCCAGACUGAUUCCUCAGAGAAGCAUCUGCCGGCCAGAAGUGGACGCGAAAGUGGCGACAGUUGUAUCCGUGGGGAUGGCAACCAACUGGCAAGUACAGCCGUGGGCAAAGUUUGCAAUAGCAGCAUAGUUUCAGGCGUUCCGAUUGACGGCAAUCGUGACGAAAGUGAAGUUGACAUGUUGAAUGAGGCUUCGGAGCAUCUGCUUUUUGCCAGUCAACCGCCAGCCACCGGAUACAAGUGCAAAAUCUGUCACCAGGCAAGUUGA